AGACGAAACGGAGGCUGGGGCUCCCCCCCCAGCCACUCGCAGCGGGCGCCGGCACCGCGGUUCCGCCGGGAGGGUGAAGCGAGGGCGUCUGGAGGAUCCAGGUGAAUGAGUGGACAGCUGGCUACAGAGGAGAGACAGAUUGUUUGAUCACCUUUUCCAUGCUGGUGAAAAAGGGAUUUGGCAAUAGGAACUGUCUGUUCGAGUCAGAGGAGAGAAGCAAAGAAGCCACUAACACAGCGCCCUGACUUUCACAGUUCAUCAGGAGGGAAACCUGUGUGACAGAGGAACAGCAGAGCAUCAGCCACACAGCAGCGAUGAGCCUGGCGCUGGUACGAGUCUCUUCUGGCUCGUUCUCCACAAUGGCUGGUGCCCCUGCACAUUCAUUGGAUGAUGAUAAUGCAGGAUGUCGAGAGCAGCGGUAGAGUUUGCCUUGAUCCCGUCGUGCUUUUCCUCUGCUGGUGGAGUCUUUGAGUCGCCAUGAGAACGCUGUGACACUUCCAGCAGGUUACCUGCAGACCACGGGUCGGCAGAGCAUGGGCAAGGUCAAGUCCAACCGAGGAGCCAUCGUCACAACAAGAUGAAAUUCCCGUUCUAUUGGCUUCUCAUUAAGCGGGCGCAGUAACGUUUCUUUGUAGAGACUUGCUAUACAAACUCUUUUGGUUAUGGCUACUGAUCCAACGUGACUGGGCAUGCGGUGACUGCUGAACUCAUGACUGGAUAUACGAUGUUGCGGAAUGGGGGAGUGGGGAACGGAGGCCAGCCGUGGUUGUUGAGGUGGUCCAGUCGGAUCCGGCUUACCUGGCUGAGUUUCAUCCUCUUUGUCAUCCUUGUCUUUUUUCCCCUUAUCGGGCACUACUACCUGACCACCAUCGAUGACGCAGAUGAUGCCGGCAAGCGCAUCUUUGGCCCUCGGACUGGCAAUGAGCUGUGCGAGGUGAAGCACGUGCAGGACCUGUGCCGCAUCCGCGAGUCAGUCAGCGAGGAGCUGCUGCAGCUGGAGGCCAAGCGGCAAGAGCUCAACAGUGAGAUUGCCAAGCUCAACUUGAAGAUUGAGGCUUGCAAAAAGAGCAUCGAGAAUGCCAAGCAGGACCUGCUGCAGCUGAAGAACGUCAUCAGCCAGACUGAGCAUUCCUACAAAGAACUGAUGGCUCAGAACCAGCCAAAGCUCUCCUUGCCAAUCCGGCUGCUGCCAGACAAAGACGAUGCGACCUUUCCCCUGCCAAAAUCCAAUCGGAACUGCAGGCUGCACAAUUGUUUUGACUACUCGCGAUGCCCGCUGACAUCUGGCUUUCCAGUCUAUGUCUACAACAGUGACGAUUACCCUUUUGGUAGUUCCUUAGACCCUUUAAUUAAACAAGCCUUUGAGGCGACUGUCAGAACUAAUGUUUAUGUUACUGAGAAUGCAAAUAUUGCUUGUGUGUAUAUAAUUUUAGUGGGGGAAAUGCAAGAGCCCGUAAUGCCAAAACCUACUGAACUAGAGCAACAGUUGCACUCUUUGCCAUAUUGGAGGACUGAUGGACAUAACCAUCUCAUCAUCAAUUUGUCCAGGAAGUCAGAAACUCAGAACUUUCUUUACAACAUCAGCACGGGGCGUGCCAUGCUUGCCCAGUCUACGUUUUAUGAUGUGCAGUAUCGACCGGGCUUUGAUAUUGUGGUGUCACCUCUGGUCCAUGCUAUGUCUGAACCUAACUUCCUAGAGAUCCCACCCCAGGUGCCAGUCAAGCGUAAAUACCUGUUUAGUUUCCAGGGGGAGAAGAUUGAGUCUCUCAGAUCUAGCUUGCAAGAAGUUCGCUCUUUCGAAGAGGAGAUAGAAGGCAACGCCCCGGCUGACUACGAUGAUCGCAUUAUCACCACCUUGAAGGCUGUUCAGGACAGCAAGCUGGACUUUGUUUUGGUGGAGUUCACGUGUAAGAACCAGCCUAAGGCGAGUCUGCCCACUGAGUGGGCUCUGUGUGGAGAAAGGGACGACAGACUAGAGCUACUGAAGCUAUCUACUUUUGCACUGAUAAUCACCCCCGGGGACACCCGGUUAGUGAUCUCCGCUGGGUGUGCCAUGAGACUGUUUGAGGCUCUGGAAGUCGGAGCCAUCCCGGUGGUUCUUGGAGAGCAAGUCCAGCUACCCUACAACGACGUGAUCCGGUGGAACGAGGCAGCCUUAAUCAUACCAAAGCCACGUAUCACAGAAGUGCACUUUCUUCUGAGAAGCAUUUCUGACAAUGAUCUGCUUGCCAUGAGGAGGCAGGGCCGCUUCUUGUGGGAGACUUACUUCUCCACCUCUGAUAACGUGUUCAGCACAGUCUUGGCUAUCAUAAGGACUCGAAUCCAAAUCCCGGCUGCUCCUAUCCGAGAAGAAACUGCAGUGGAGAUUCCUCACCGAUCUGGCAAAGCUGCUGGUACAGACCCCAACAUGGCAGACAACGGUGACCUGGACUUAGGGCCUGUGGAAACAGAACCACCCUAUGCAUCUCCCAAAUAUCUCCGCAACUUCACCCUCACUGCAAUGGACAUCUACAGGAAUUGGAAUUCCGCUCCGGGGCCUUUUCACCUCUUUCCCUAUACUCCCUUUGACCCUGUUUUGCCAUCGGAAGCAAAGUUUUUAGGGUCUGGGACUGGAUUUCGACCAAUAGGAGGAGGAGCAGGCGGCUCUGGGAAGGAGUUCCAGGCUGCUUUGGGUGGCAACGUCCCCCGGGAGCAGUUCACAGUGGUGAUGCUAACUUACGAGCGGGAGGAAGUUUUGAUGAACUCCCUAGAAAGGCUCAAUGGUCUCCCAUACUUAAAUAAAGUUGUGGUAGUGUGGAACUCUCCCAAGCUUCCCUCUGAGGAUCUCUUGUGGCCAGACAUUGGUGUUCCAAUCAUGGUUGUCCGCACAGAGAAGAACAGCCUGAACAACCGCUUCCUGCCGUGGGAUGAGAUCGAGACAGAAGCCAUCCUGUCCAUCGACGACGACGCUCACCUUCGCCACGACGAGAUCAUGUUUGGGUUCCGUGCAUGCUUUCCUUGCCUGUUGAGGAAGAAAACUGGAAAACAAACGCAAGGCUUUCACACUCCGUGCUUUGUGUGCCAUCAGCGAGGCCACGACAUUCACUGCAGGGAUUCAUUGCUCGUGUGCUCACAGCGGGCUGUCAUCCCUCCUCUGAGAUCUGUGCGGCGCUGGGAUGUGACAGCUGUUUUAGCAUCGCUCUCUCCAGAGCAUGAAGAAAAGAGAUGUUGCACAGAGUGCUGGUUGCUCUCGUUCCUACUCUUCUGCUCCAACACCUACAUUUUCCUUCGAUGUACGCUGGCACACAGCUCCCUGUUGAUGAGCCCAGGGAAGAAAGCGGUUCCAUAGGAGGUUUCCCCAGGCUGCUGCUGCUCACCCUCGCUUGGCUGCAGCUUGUCAGCCUGGUGUGGGGCUGACUGCAAAUCCAAGGGCUCCUGACGGCUGUCAGGGGGUGGAGGCAGGCAGCAGCUCUCCUCUCCCUCCCACAUGGGUUGGCUCUUGCUUCAGAGGAAGACAGAAAGGCACAAAAUGCCUGGAAAGCACUCUCUCUGAGGAGUGAGAAAUGUGGUGUUAAGUGAUUACAAGCAGGCAUUGGGACUCCUGGCUCCCUUCCUUGCCCCACUGUGGGCUUUUUAUCUGGACUUGGCCAUUUUCUGCACCUCUUUGGUCUCCAUUUGCCUUUGCCCAUCUGCAGUGCCUGGCUGAGGCUGCACUGAUCAGGCCCGGAGCACCUUACAUGGAGAUUGUUUGCUGGGAGCAAACCUUACCAAGGAGUGCAACCAAAAUGCUCUGCUGGAGGAACUCUGGGUUUUGCUGCUGAGCUGGGAAAGAAAUGUCACAUUCAUGUGGAUGUGGGAGAAGUGAAAGGGGGUGAGUGGUUUCUGCUGCAGCUUUUCAAAACGGUCGUAUUGGAUCGAUAGAAUCCCUCAGCACACAAAUGCUGGGAGGAUGGUGGCAGGGAAGGGAAGCUGCAGGCAGUGUUAAUUGCUCAGUUUUCAUUAUCAGGUUAUAUUGGAGUUUCCUUAAUUUGUCUGAGGAUGUAACAACAAACCAGUCUUUGCUGUUUGCUGUGUUAAGUAGCCUAAUCAAAGCCCAGAGCCCUCAGGAACUUUGUUUUGUCAGCAGCCCACAGUUGCUCCGCAGCCAUUGCUUGUGAAGCUCAGCAGGAAAGAACCUAGGGAGGAGGAACCAGGAGCUCCAUGUGUGCUAGGAAAAUAGGGGAAGGGCACCUGCUGCCUGAUGGAGUGUCUGGGGAAAGGGGAAAACCCUUCCAGUCUCCCACCUGGGGCUCGUUCCUCGUAGCCACUGAGUCACUGAGGUCAGAUCAGUGCAUCCGAAGGAAGCCAUCAGCCCGAUGUGGAAGAUGGAUUUAGUUCCCAGGUUAGACAUUUAGCACUGAUGUUUUUCUUAAUUACUCCUGACAGCAUUGCAGCUAUCCUGUGGGAUUUCUCUGGAGGAGAGCGAGCUUCAGAUGAGAGCAGAAUGUUAAAUGAGCCCACACUCUCACAUGUGAACCCCAGAAUUAAUUCCCUGUGCAACAACUGCGAGCGUGUGUAGGGGUGAAGGAUGCUGGCGAGGCUGCUGGGUGCAGGUUGGGAUGGAAUUGGGCAGGUAACCACUGCAUGUCUGUAAGUAGGGACAGGUAGAGGAGCUUGGUGCCUUCCAUCUUGGAGACCCCAUCUUGAGCAUCUCUGCAGCUUUCCUAAAGGGAGCUUUGAUUGUCUUUGCUGUAUGGAGGAAGAAACAGAGCUGCUGGGAGAUACCACGUCCCAGGGAGCUUGGGAAGAGGCUGGAUUACCCCAGGCUGCUGUGGGGUAUAGAAGAAAUAGAAGCAGCACUGGUGCAUGUGUCUUGCAGUGAUGUGCCUACACAUGCUGUGUGAAGCUGGCAGCAGUUUCCAUCACACUGGCUUUCCCAGCCUCUUUCUCUGCCUUUUCACCUGAGAUCAUAGCUUUCCAUGCUCUGUGUAAUUCAGAAAUGAAUGAUGGGCUAUCAGCCUCUAUUCUUAGUUCUCUUUUAAACUUGCAGCACAACCCUUUUAGUUAGAAAAAGCGACUCGAAGGCGCCUCUGGAAGAGAACCAACAUGAGAAACCCAGCUGUGCUGCUCUGCACUCGCAGCUGUGUGUGGCAGAGCUGAGUACGGGAUGCUCUGCUUCACACUCAACAUUUAGAACAAGAUAAGCUCAACAAAUUCUGUAUUCCUGUCAAAGCCACAAUUUCUGCAUUUCUGUAGCCCCUUCCUGCAGUACAGUAUGGCACAACUCCAUGAGAUCAGGGAGGGAUCCGUGAGUCACUUGGUUGCUCCUUGUGAUGGUGCUGGGGCAGCGGGCGAACUUGCACUGCACAGUCUAUGUACACAGGCACCUUUUCAUGUGAUGUUUUCAUGCUUUUGUAAAAAAAAAAGUAAAAUAAAUGAACUUUCAAGCAAAGUAAUUGCACGUUUUCACAAUGAUUGUAAUUCUUGUCCAAGCAACCAGCCAUCGCCAAAUGCACGCAUUUCCAUCACGUGCAGCCCUUCCUUGGGAGCUGCUCUGUUGUAUUGAGGGCACAGUCCUGCCCUGAGCUCCUGGCUCAGCUGGAGCUGUGCUCACCUCCAGAGGUGCUGCCCAGGUUGGUGUCUGAUGGAAAACCUUGGUGUUU